AUGCUGCCCGAGGUCCCCUCCCCGAGUUGUAUAGAGAAGAACGCAAUGCCCGAAGCAGAGGAGGGCUACGCCUCCGUCGCCAUGCGCCGGCGGACCCUGAGCAGCCGCGGCGAUUCAUCAAGAGUCUCCGUAAUUACCGAGGCCCAACGCUUCCGUCCCAAACAGCACUAUCUGAGAAGUACGGUCUAUAACGAAGACUCCCUGCUACGCUUAGAUGAGACGAGCAGGGAGGCGAAGCGCGACAAGGCCGUGUUGAGGGAGGGCUUGUCUAGGGACCCGGCGGCGCGGGAGGAACGAGGAAUAGAUGCUAUUGUUGAGUGCUUGCAAAGGACCUGGCCGCGAGCUAAAGAGUUAGAUGGUCGCGCGUUACGAAGAGUGACGCGCGCCGCGCGGUUGAUGGAAGCCUAUGACGGCCAGUGCCUGCCUGAAAAAGAGCAGUUCUGCGUGUUCUUGGAUGGUCGCGUCGAUCCUCCCUAUAAAUGGGGUGAAGCUGUCACAAUAUGUACGAUCCGAAGCAUGAAGGCCGAGUUUCUAUCCCUGAGAGAUACGGAUGUGGAAGAUGUAUUAGCAGUCCACAGGGAAACGGAGAGGAGACGAGCUUUUGAUACCUUGAAGAACGUACCUCUAUUUAGGAGGUGGUCCAAAUCCAAGGUCCACAAGAUCUGCCAGAUGCUGACGUUCCAUUACCUGAGGCGGGGCGACCGCGUCGUAAGGCAAGGCGAAGCGACGGACAACGUCUACUUUCUGUUGGACGGGUCUUGUCUGAUAUCAAGGCACCGCGUAGAGAGGGGCAAGAACUCGUGGCCGACGCGCGUGUCCAAAAAGCACCCCGUCGUCUGGCAGUCCGUGAGGAAAGUCCGACGGUCGAAGAAGGCCAUCGGUAGGUUAGGGGCGGGCGACACUUAUGGUGAGCAGGGUCUUAUGAAAGAAGCCCCAUGUGGAGAGACGGUCACAUGCACCGAGCCCUCGACGCUCGUCGCCCUGAACAAGCGCGCGUUCCGCGACGUGCUCGACAAAGCCCGCAAGGCCCACGAGCAGGCCCAAAGAGAUCCGCGCGUCAAUACCAGUGGACACCCGUCCGCCGACGAGUUGCUCGCUGCCGUGGCCGCUAUUGAUAAUCCUGACAAUGCGGGCCCGCCGAGAGCUUUGACAAGACCGCCGACGGCCCAGACACCCAAUCCUCUAAGAUGGCGUUCCGUGGACGACGACGACGCCUCGCUCCUAUCUAAAGGUCUCGAGAUCGACUCGAGGCUGCGAUAUCAUCGUCAUAGAGCCGAGAAGGUCGGCUGUUCUUUGGGCGACGACGCGUCGAUAUUGUCGGUGCGGCGCGGCCGCGACGCGCUGAAGCGGGAAAGGGCGUCGCAGGUCGAUUUGCGAAGACAGGAGCAAGCUAGAGCGCGGAGAAGGGGCGACUUCCCCGAGGUGCGGCGGAUCCAGGGCAUGAUCGACGAGAUCAACGAUGAAUCAAGCAUCGUGCCCGUCGAUUUUGCGGCGGACGAGGGGUCCUACGGAAGUUAUGGAGACGACCUGUCGUGCGUCACGUUCGACACCUUGGCGACAGGUGGAGGCGUCGCGCCUGUUGCGAGGCGGCCGCGGCCCGGCGUGCCGCCGCGGCGGCGCGCGCGGGCCCGCGGGCCACCGCCGCAGUCGUCGCUCCAGAAAAACUUGAUCGGCCUCCGGACGCGCCCGCGCGGAGGGUUCGUCGACGCGGUCCAGGCGAACGCGCGGAAGCACGCGUUGGGGCGGCGGCGGGCGCGGCGGCGGCGCGACCUCACGUACGAGAAGCGCCGCGAAGACGCGUUCGAGUGGGGGCUCGACCACGCGGUGUUCGCGGUCUAA